AAUCCUUCACUCCGUGGCAAGUCGACUGACGGACAGCGCCUCUGUGAAAGAUGAUUAAAAUGUAUCUAAAAGUUUUGUAUUCGUUGUUGUUGGUGUUGAGUUUCUAUGGGAUCCCUUCAACCGGACAGAAGAAAAAGGAGACCCUGCUCUCUGAGAAGGUGGGCCAGUUGAUGGACUGGACUGGGAAGAGAGCUGUGAUCCGUAUGAACGGGGAUAAGUUUCGGCGCUUUGUGAAGGCUCCUCCCAGGAACUACUCUGUGGUCAUCAUGUUCACCGCCCUGCAGCCGCAGAGACAGUGUGGCGUCUGCAAACAGGCUGAUGAGGAGUACCAGAUCCUAGCGAACUCGUGGCGUUACUCCAGUGCCUUCACCAACAAGGUCUUCUUCGCUACCGUCGACUUUGACGAAGGAUCUGACGUCUUUCAGAUGUUGAAUAUGAACUCGGCUCCUUCCUUCAUCCAUUUCCCAGCUAAAGGGAAGCCGAAGAAGGCCGACUCAUAUGAGCUGCAGGUCAGAGGCUUCGCUGCAGAACAACUGGCCCGCUGGGUCGGCGACCGCACUGACGUACAGAUCCGUGUGAUCCGCCCUCCUAACUAUGCAGGGCCGUUGAUGCUGGGAUUCCUGCUGGCAGUGAUAGGAGGACUGGCUUACCUCCGCAGAAACAACCUGGAGUUCCUUUACAACAAGAACGUCUGGGCCUUCUCUGCUCUGUGUUUCUGCCUGAUCAUGACUUCAGGUCAAAUGUGGAACCACAUCAGAGGACCUCCCUAUGCACACAAGAACCCCACCACUGGACAAGUGAGUUACAUCCACGGCAGCAGUCAGGCCCAGUUUGUAGCAGAAACUCACAUCGUGCUGCUCUUCAACUCUGCUGUUACCAUGGGGAUGGUGCUGUUGCACGAGGCUGCCACGUCAGAUAUGGACAUUGGCAAGAGGAAAAUCAUGUGUGUAGCAGGGAUUGGUCUGGUGAUGCUCUUCUUCAGUUGGCUGCUGUCCAUCUUUAGAGCUAAAUACCAUGGAUACCCUUACAGUUUCCUGUUGAGUUAGAGCUGGGAGGAGGAGGAAGAAGAAGAAGCCUGGAAGUUCCAAAGUGCCUCAGACGUCACACGCCACACCACGCCACACCACGACACGCCACGCCACGACACACCACGCCACCCCCACACCACGCCACGACACACCACCCCACACCACGCCAUACCACGCCACGCCACGACACACCACGCCACGCCCCGCUGCGCCACCCCACAUAGAGGAGGGGAAGGGGGGAUAAGGAUGUUGUAUCUACAUAGUUGGGGGAUAAUGAUGUUCUAUUUACAUAGAGGAGGGGAGGGGGGAUAAGGAUGUUGUAUCUACAUAGUUGGGGGAUAAUGAUGUUCUAUUUACAUAGAGGAGGGAAGGGGGGAUAAGGAUGUUGUAUCUACAUAGUUGGGGGAUAAUGAUGUUCUAUUUACAUAGAGGAGGGGAGGGGGGAUAAGGAUGUUGUAUCUACAUAGUUGGGGGAUAAUGAUGUUCUAUUUACAUAGAGGAGGGGAAGGGGGGAUAAGGAUGUUGUAUCUACAUAGUUGGGGGAUAAUGAUGUUCUAUUUACAUAGAGGAGAGGAGGGAGGAUAAGGAUGUUCUAUCUACAUAGAGGAGAGGAGAGGGGAUAAGGAUGUUCUAUCUACAUAGUUGGGGAGGGGGGAUAAGGAUGUUCUAUUUACAUAGUUGGGGAGGGGGGAUAAGGAUGUUCUAUUUACAUAGAGGAGAGGAGGGGGGAUAAAGAUGUUCUAUCGACAUAGAGGGGGGAUAAUGAUGUUCUAUUUACAUAGAGGAGAGGAGGGGGGAUAAGGAUGUUCUAUCUACAUAGAGGAGAGGAGGGGGGAUAAAGAUGUUCUAUCGACAUAGAGGGGGGAUAAUGAUGUUCUAUUUACAUAGAGGAGAGGAGGGGGGAUAAGGAUGUUCUAUCUACAUAGAUGGGGAGGGGGAUAAGGAUGUUCUAUUUACAUAGAGGAGAGGGGAUAAGGAUGUUCUAUUUACAUAGAGGGGGGAUAAGGAUGUUCUAUCGACAUAGAUGGGGAGGGGGGAUAAGGAUGUUCUAUCUACAUAGAUGGGGAGGGGGGAUAUGGAUGUUGUAUCUACAUAGAGGGGGGAUAAGGAUGUUGUAUCUACAUAGAUGGGGAGGGGGGAUAAGGAUGUUCUAUCUACAUAGAUGGGGAGGGGGGAUAAGGAUGUUCUAUCUACAUAGAUGGGGAGGGGGGAUAAGGAUGUUCUAUCUACAUAGUUGGGGAGGGGGUAUUGGUCUACAGUGUACUGGUAUAUGCAUCUAAAGCACUGUAUUGGUCUAUGGCUCUUCAGUGUUGUAUUUGUCUAGUGUGUUCAAUAUCAGUACCGACUGGGUUAGAGAAAGGAGAGGGUCUGUAACAGAGGGUUGGGGUUAGGGAAAGGAGAGGGUCUGUAACUGAGGGUUGGGGUUAGAGAAAGGAGAGGGUCUGUAACUGAGGGUUGGGGUUAGAGAAAGGAGAGGGUCUGUAACUGAGGGUUGGGGUUAGAGAAAGGAGAGGGUCUGUAACUGAGGGUUGGGGUUAGGGAAAGGAGAGGGUCUGUAACUGAGGGUUGGGGUUAGGGAAAGGAGAGGGUCUGUAACUGAGGGUUGGGGUUAGAGAAAGGAGAGGGUCUGUAACUGAGGGUUGGGGUUAGGGAAAGGAGAGGGUCUGUAACUGAGGGUUGGGGUUAGGGAAAGGAGAGGGUCUGUAACUGAGGGUUGGGGUUAGGGAAAGGAGAGGGUCUGUAACUGAGUGUUGGGGUUAGGGAAAGGAGAGGGUCUGUAACAGAGGGUUGGGGUUAGAGAAAGGAGAGGGUCUGUAACUGAGGGUUGGGGUUAGGGUAUGGAGGGUUAUGUGAUGUCUGAGUGACAGCUGUCUGUCUCAGGUGGUGAUGAUGCUCGUUACCAUUAAAGUGCCUUAAUGAC